UAAUCAGAACGGAGCCCUACAAUUUGUAGUUAUAAGUUCUCAUAAAAAAUCAAUUAUGAGUUCUUAUAAUUACAUAAUGUGGUACAUUAUAGGGAGGUAUGAAGAAGCAUGAGUUUAUUUAAUUUAAUAGAAACAUUUUUGUUUGAAAUAAAGUAUUACACACGCUUAAAGUUCAUUAAAGGUAACAUUAUCUGUCUUUAUGUGGUUAAUUUCAUCCUUUAUUUUCGCUUUUGUUGUUGCCAUUAUUGUGCUUUAAUGUAACGAUAGCCACGUUUCCGAGAGCACGUCAGAGGCAGCGUUUGACAGGAGGCUGUCCUUGGCUAGCGCUGUCUGCUACAGGGGGAUGCUGCAGACAUAUAUACAACGGACACAGAUCCUGUGCUUAGACUGUAUGUCAAGUUGACGGAGCCGAGGAUUCCGUUCAGGCCUCGGGCUAAUGUCAUCCACUGCCGGUGAAGAGGGGGGUCUCUCUCAGGCUGCCCCAGACGCCAGUCCCGCUCAGACAGUAGCAACAGGGAACACACCUGAGGAACAGGCCUUUCCUGCUGCAGGGGAAGCCUCUCCUUCUUCCACAUCCUCCUUUGAAAUGCUUGACAUGGAGUCCGUCUCAGUUCCUUACCAAGAAGUGCAGCCUCACUGGUUCUUCUGUCGACGCGCCGAUGACACCACCUCUUGGCUCCCUUUUAGCAGAGAAGACUCUGACAAACUGGAACAUGCCUGCAAAACCAUACGGGAAAAGAAGGAAGAGAUCGUGGUAGCCGUAGAUGGAGAGCGGUACGAUGUGCAUGUUAAGGAGAGGAAGCGCUAUGCUGUGUACUGGGACCAAGCCCCCACUGAAGUCCGUCGCUGCACCUGGUAUUAUAAAGGAGAUAAAGACACCAGGUUCAUGCCAUACACUGAGGACUUCAGCCAAAGUUUGGAGGAUGCCUACAUGAUAGCAGUGACUUUGAAUGAAUGGAAGAGGAAACUGGACUUUCCUACUGGAGAGACUGUCAUCCUACACAAUCCUAAACUGAUAAUGCAAUAUCAGCCAUUAGCCUUGCAGGAUGAUUGGGUGUCGUCUCCCUCAGAGAAUUCCCGCCCUCGAACAGUCAAGAGGGGAAUCGACAACAUUUCCGUGGAAAUACCUGAUGGUGAGCCAGAAAAGGUGGACCACCUUGUCUUUAUGGUUCAUGGCAUCGGCCCUGCAUGUGAUUUACGCUUCAGGUCCAUUAUACAGUGUGUAAAUGACUUCCGGAGUGCUUCCUUGUCCCUCCUGGCCUCUCACUAUAAGCGUGCUCAGCAGGACGGCCAGGUGGCCAGAGUGGAGUUCCUUCCUGUCAACUGGCACAGCGCUCUACACGGGGAUGCCACUGGUGUGGACGAGGACAUCCAGAGAAUCACUUUGCCCAGUAUCAGCAGGCUGAGACAUUUCACCAACGACACUCUCCUGGACCUGUUUUUCUAUAACAGCCCCACGUACUGUCAGACUAUAGUGGACACAGUGGCCUCGGAGAUCAACAGGCUGCAUGCUCUCUUCAAACAGAGGCACCCAGAAUACAGUGGGGCGGUUUCAGUAGUAGGACAUAGCUUGGGUUCAUUGAUCCUGUUUGAUCUGCUCACAAAUCAGAGGACUGCAUCAGAAGCCAGAGAGAGAGUGUCUUCUGGUGAGCCUGGUCAUCUGAAAUGUGAAACACUGGAGCAGACUCUGACCAGAUUGGGCCUACAGCAAUACCUGGAUACACUACAGACAGAAAACCUUGACUUGGAAUCUCUGGCUCUUUGCCAUGACGGCGAUCUGAAAGAUUUAGGAAUUCCUCUUGGACCUCGGAAAAAGAUCUUGAACUACGCCAAGCGAAAAUGUCCUCCAGAGGAUUGUAAAACAGGGGCUGUACAUCUGGCACCAGGGUUACAAGUUCCAUAUGAAAAUGCCUUGCUGAGUGAGCAUGAUUGUAACCAGUGUUCAGAAUCGACGGCACAGCAGUCCCAGUUCCACAGAGCUCAGUCUAUCACCAGUGCUGUAGACUAUGAGUACUUUGACGUGGGCAUUGGACAGACCAAUGGAGGCAUAGCCAAGGGGCAGGUCUCUAUUGAUUACCCACAGCUGGCAUUCCAUCCUCAGACGUUUUUUGCAUUUGGCUCUCCCAUUGGAAUGUUCCUGACCGUUCGUGGUCUGAAACACAUUGAUCCACACUACAGCUUCCCAACGUGCAAGAGCUUUUACAACAUCUACCACCCGUACGACCCUGUAGCCUAUCGGAUUGAGCCCAUGAUUGUCUCAGAGGUGGAUCUGGAGCCAAUGUUAAUUCCUCACCAUAAAGGGCGUAAAAGGAUGCACCUGGAGCUAAAGGACAGCUUGACCCGUAUGAGCAUGGAUUUGAAGAACAAUGUACUCGGUUCUUUAAGGACAGCAUGGCAGUCAUUCGCCAGACUACCUGUUGCUGCAUUGCCCCCAGUGGAGGAAGGAGACAAUACAACAGUUACAGACAUUCAAGACACAAAAGCCCCAGCAACAGUCACUGAGAGGGAAGACAAAAGUGCUGACUUUUGGACUAAAAUACUGGAGUGGCCCAGGGCCCUUCAUAAGUAUUACUUCAAAGGUGUUUGUGUAGACACAGAGAACUCCGUGUCAGGAGAUCAGGCAGAGCAGCCAGAGAUAAAAGUGGGGAUGCUGAAUGGAGGACGAAGGAUCGACUUUGUACUUCAAGAAAAACCAAUUGAGAGCUUCAACGAAUAUCUGUUUGCCAUCCAGUCUCAUCUGUGUUACUGGGAAUCUGAGGACACAGCUCUCUUGCUGCUCAAGGAGAUCUAUGACAAGCUGGGCGUGGCAUUUGAACAGCCACAACAGUAAUAAAAGCUUUCUGAAUGUAGACUUCCUUUUGAAAGUGAUGGAAAUAAAAAUGACGGACAGCCAAUCACCCAGAGGCUGCUCGACACUCUUCCAGAUUGCCUUACUAUCUGGGUGUUGCCCGACAUCCCCUGCCCCACCUCCUCCUGCGGUGGAGACUGUCUGGCAGUUUACUGGUGAUAUUGGUUCCCACAGUAUCUAUCAGGUCAACUUGAAUUGAAGGUAAUGAAGACUCCUUGGUCCCACUUAAACACCCACUGGGUUGGACUGUGAGAUCCUUGUUUGUUUAUUAGUUUGUAUUGUUUAUGCUGCUUUACUUUGCACUUUGACCUACCAACAGUUGUUGACAUAUGUCAGUAGCUGCCCCUAAAUAAUAAUAAUAAAAUUUAAUUUUAAAAUAUUAUUAUAUUAUAUGAUAAGACAUGCAGAGCAAUUGAAGUAUAGCUCUGUAAUCGGCGUUUCAGUGCAGUUUACAAAAAAUAUAUUAAAAUAUAUUAUACUUAAUAAAAUGUACAGGCAUAAAAAGGUAGAUGUCUACAACUAGGUAACUAUAAUUCCUAAAAUGUGUGUUCAACCGGACAGAAGGGUUAAAUUCCUCUUGACUAAGCAAGCUUUCUAGUGGCGUAAUGCUACUGUACACCUUCUUGUUAAAAGCAAUCAGGGUGCUUUCUCAUGGAUGUUGAUGUUUUGCUCUUUGCUAUUUUGUUAUGGUCAUAUUCUCUCUGCCAGUAUCAAGGCCACCUGAAACCCAAAGCUGCUACCCCUAGGUUUGUGCAAUGUAAAAAUAAUGUCGGGUAUAGACUCAAAGUAAAGUUAAUUUUGUUUUCUAAUCACAUUUUUUUCAUUAGAUGUGUAGUAUAAUCAAAUUUAUUUAUAUUAAGAGGUAAUGCUGAUGAAGAAUGAAAUGAAGAUGAUGGAAAGGACAAUCUAACCUUGUCUUUACAUGGUGUGUUCAUACAGUGUAGAUGUGUGAGCUUCCUUAGCAGUUGACUGACAUUAUAUCUCAUAGCAACUUUAUAACUGCUGUUUAUUCUUAUUGUCAAAUAUGAUUAAUUGCGAAAAAAACUAGCACCUUAAAUAUGCAGCUCUAACUUUUUCUACUUGCCAAAUCACACACCUCUCUUUGUAUAUCGUAAUAGUGUAAAAUCACAAUGACAACCCUAGUUUAGAACAGGCAACAAAAUCACCAAAGCCAAAUUAUGAUUCUGCCACCAACAUGUAUCAGGUGUCUUGGAAAGCAGUGGCUGGUAACUGUUAUAAUGGUCUGUUUCUUAGUUAUUUUGGGUUUGGUUACUUAGUUGUUUAACUCAGACCACAUUUAGGUCAUAUUAGGCACAAACACAGAAGAUGAAAGACUUCACAAUCUGUCAAGCACCUAUGUAGUUUUGUUUUAAAUAUUCCAAAUAUACACCAGUAUAUUGAGCAACAAAGGGUCCAGUCAGGGAACUUUAGAAACUAAGUGAUUUAGCUAUGUGGCAUAACCAUAACCAAUUAUUAUACACUGUCAGGACAUUACAGACCUCUCACCAAAGCACGGAAUGAUUUGUUCUUCUUCUGUAAUGCACUGAACUCUCUGUCUUUUCUUUUAAGCUCAUAACAAUUUUUUUUCUGUACAUUUCAAAUAUCUCAACAGUACAGAUCAGACUAAUACCUCCCUUGGCAUUUGAUACUAAUGUCUUCACAAUUGACCAAAAAUCUAACGUUUUCCUAAUACACUUAUGGUUACAUGUUGUGUGUGCCAUAAUAAAAUAUUACCUGUG